CCGGCUGUCGUGAUCUACUGCCAGGGAACCUACAAGGGCACUUCUGUGGUGCGCCAUGCCUUUCUUUGAUGUGCAGAAAAAGCUGGGCAUUAGCCUCGAUCGCCACUUUGUAUUCCAAAGUGUUGAGCAGCCCUUCAAGAUUCCUGCCCGAUGCCAUGCUUUCGAAAAAGAGUGGAUAGAGUGUGCACAUGGCAUCGGUGCUACCCGGGCUCAAAAAGAAUGCAGGAUAGAAUAUGAAGAUUUCGAGGAAUGUUAUCUUCGGUAUAAAACGAUGAAGCGCCUGGGUCAAAUCAAACCACAGCGGGAUAAGCUAAUUAAAGAGGGGAAAUACACCCCUCCACCUCACCACAUGGGCCAGGACGAACCCAGGCCCUGA